UACAUACCAUAAACAGCAAUCGCAACUUUAAUUCCAUAAAAGGAAAUCAAGAGUAUUCGAAAAACAGGCCAAGGUAAUAUCAGGUAUGAAGGCAUCAGAGAUUGAAACCGGAGAAGCUUCCAUGAUUCAAAAGUCACCAGCAGCAGGAAUCAACAGAGGAAUGACGAUACUCGAUGUCAUUCUUAGACUUGUUGCCAUUGCUUCGACAGUGGCAGGUGCUGUGGUGAUGGCGACCAGUGAUCAGCAACUGCAGUUUUUCACACAAGUCGCUGUUUUCAACGUCGAAUAUGAUGAUUUUUCUACUCUACGCUAUUUUGUUGUUAUUAAUUCGCUAGCAGCUGCGUACUUUGCUCUCUCUAUACCGCUUGCCCUCAUGCAAAUCGCCAGAAGUGCAGCUAAACAGAGCAGAGCCCUCUUGAUCAUCAUGGAUACGGUGACACUGGGGCUACUCAUGUCAGCAGCAUCAGCAGCUGCUGCAAUAUUAUUUCUGGCGCAUAAUGGGAAUAAUUCGGCUAACUGGAACUCCAUCUGCAACCAGUUUACUGAUUUUUGCCAUCGAGCCUCGGGUUCCUUAAUUGGCUCUUUCAUUGCCAUUGUCAUCCUCAUGCUCCUCAUUUUCAUGUCCACUGCAGCAUUGGCACGAAGCUAAUAUAUACGUUUGAUUAAUUGCAGAGCGCGUGUGCCUAUCCUGUACUUUAAUAGUCGACGAUGUAUUAGGUUUGGUGUGUCAUGUAUGUAUUUCACUAUUUUUUAUAAUUACAAUCAAUCAAGCAAGGCCAAAUUUGUACUGCUUUCAGAAAGAUUAUGAAUACCAUCGUUCUCUUUCGUA